AGAUUCGAAUACUUUCCUUAGACUAUAGAGUACCGCUGCUUAGACUUACCCGAUUCCUGAGAUUACAGAAAACCAGAUAGUUCGUUGUGGCAAAGAAAUCACUUCUUCUCGUUCUCUCACAUAAGGAGCGAGAGGAGAGAGAGAUUAUUUUGAUCAUCAAUGGCGGUGAGGCUAACCACCUGGUUCGUGAGCCAGAGGAUUAGCAUUAGCGGCUCCAGCUCCAACUCCAAGCGCUCAAAUUCUAACUCUCGCUUUUCAUUUCAUUACUCUCCUGCUUCUUCGUGCAAGCUUCGACACCGUAAUCUCAGUUGCAAUUGCGUGAAUAAGAGGCAAAAAUUGAAGAAGAAAGACGCAGUCGAACAGUCUUCGGCAACUACAGAUUUCCAGUUCAAUAGCGAUGACGACUCUGAAUCUGAGAGUGCUUCGGUGGGCAUUGUCCCCGUUUUGAAUCCAGAAAGCGUCUCUGAUGAUGAAGCUCACGCUAACAAUGCAAACGAUUCGAUUUCAAAUGCUCUAGCUCCGUCUGAUCAAACAAAUCCUUCGGCCUAUAAUACACAGGACUUGGUUGGCAUGAUAAGAAAUGCAGAGAAAAAUAUCCAUCUUCUCAACCGAGCUCGGGUUAAUGCGCUUCAAGACCUUGACAAGAUUCUGGGUGAGAAGGAGGCAUUGCAAGGAGAGAUGAAUGCUUUGGAGAUGAAAUUGGCAGAGACUGAUGCGCGGAUCAGAGUAGCUGCCCAGGAAAAAAUAAAGGUGGAACUUUUAGGAGACCAGUUGGAUAAGAUGCAGAAUGAGCUGAGGUUAAAUGGUGGUGGUGCUGAAAGAGGUGAGGUGGUUGAGAUUUUUGAGAAUGAAAACGAGCUAUUUAAUGAAGAAGCCCCUCUGCCAUACAGAAAUAGCAUCAAUGCUCUUAUGGCCAAUCUUAAUUCAUUGAGAUUAGAAAAUGUAUCCCUGAAGAAUGAUGUCGAAGAGCUUAGGGAGGAGCUUAGCAAUGUGAAGAAUACGGAUGAACGAGUGGUAAUGCUGGAAAAACAACGGUCGUCUUUAGAGUCUGCCCUGAAGGAGUUGGAGUCUAAACUUUCAGUUUCCCAGGAAGAUGUUUCCAAGCUUUCCAAUCUCAAAGUUGAAUGCAAAGGGUUGUGGGACAAGGUGGAAAAUUUGCAGCUGCUGCUAGAUAAGGCCACCAAACAGGCAGAUCAAGCUAUUAUAGUGUUACAGCAGAACCAGGAGAUUCGAAAAAAGGUGGAUAAAUUGGAAGAAUCUCUUGAAGAAGCUAAUGUCUAUAAGCAGUCAUCAGAAAAGAUGCAACAAUAUAAUGAACUAAUGCAACAGAAGAUAAAACUGAUGGAGGAACGGCUUCAAAAAUCUGAUGAAGAGAUACAUUCUUAUGUUCAAUUAUAUCAAGAAUCUGUGGAGGAAUUUCAAGAUACACUAAAUACUCUAAAAGAAGAAAGCAAGAGACGGGCACUUGAUGAACCUGUGGAUGAUAUGCCUUGGGAAUUUUGGAGUCGUUUAUUGCUUAUAAUUGAUGGUUGGUUGUUUGAGAAUAAAAUAUCAAUCGAUGAUGCCAAGGUGUUGAGAGAAAUGGUAUGGAAGAGAGAUCGACGUAUUCAUGACUCAUACAUGGCAUGCAAGGAAAAGAACGUGCACGAGGCUGUGUCUACAUUUCUCAGACUGACGUCGUCACAAACAAGUCCAGGAUUGCAUGUCGUUCAUAUUGCAGCAGAGAUGGCACCAGUUGCUAAGGUUGGUGGCUUGGGGGAUGUUGUGGCUGGUCUUGGUAAAGCACUGCAGAAGAAGGGGCACCUUGUGGAAAUUGUUAUUCCCAAAUAUGACUGCAUGCAGUAUGAUUUUGUUCGUGACCUAAGGGCCUUAGAUGUGGUUUUAGAGUCAUACUUUGAUGGUCGACUAUUCAAAAGUAAAGUCUGGGUUGGCACAGUUGAAGGUCUCCCUGUUUAUUUUAUUGAGCCUCUUCAUCCUGAUAGGUUCUUCUGGAGAGGACAGUUUUAUGGAGAACGUGAUGAUUUUAAGCGAUUCUCCUUUUUCAGCCGUGCAGCCCUUGAGUUACUUCUUCAAUCUGGCAAGAAACCAGACAUAAUACACUGCCAUGAUUGGCAGACAGCUUUUGUUGCUCCACUUUAUUGGGAUUUAUAUGCCCCAAAGGGAUUGAACUCGGCUAGAAUAUGUUUUACAUGCCACAACUUUGAAUACCAAGGGACUGCACCUGCUUCAGAAUUAGGAUCUUGUGGUCUUGAUGUCAACCAGCUAAAUAGACCAGAUAGAAUGCAGGACAACUCAUCACAUGAUAGGAUCAAUGCUGUUAAGGGUGCAGUUGUAUUCUCUAAUAUUGUGACAACAGUAUCACCCACCUAUGCGCAAGAGGUUCGGACUGCUGAGGGAGGACAUGGUCUCCAUUCAACACUCAAUUUCCAUUCUAAAAAGUUCAUUGGGAUUCUAAAUGGUAUUGAUGCUGAUGCGUGGAAUCCUGCCACUGAUGUGCAUCUCAAAGUACAGUACAAUGCUAAUGAUCUUCAGGGAAAAGCAGAGAAUAAGGAAGAUAUAAGGAGGAAUCUAGGGCUUUCUUCUGCAGAUGUCAGGAGGCCAUUGGUAGGUUGCAUAACGCGAUUGGUGCCACAGAAAGGUGUACAUCUUAUCAGACAUGCAAUAUAUCGAACACUGGAGCUCGGAGGACAGUUUGUACUUCUGGGUUCAAGCCCGGUGCAUCAUAUUCAGAGGGAAUUUGAGGGUAUAGCAAACCAUUUUGAGAAUCAUGAUCAUAUUCGGUUGAUAUUGAAGUAUGAUGAUUCUCUUUCCCAUUCCAUUUUUGCUGCUUCUGAUAUGUUCAUCAUCCCAUCUAUCUUUGAGCCUUGUGGACUUACCCAGAUGAUAGCCAUGAGAUAUGGUUCUAUACCCAUUGUAAGAAAAACUGGUGGUUUAAAUGAUAGUGUCUUUGAUGUCGAUGACGACACCAUACCUGUUCAGUUUCGGAAUGGAUAUUCAUUCUUGAGUGCUGAUGAACGGGGAGUAAACAGUGCUUUGGAACGUGCAUUUGACCUCUAUACGAGAAAGCCCGAUAGUUGGCAGCAGCUAGUUGAGAAGGUCAUGAAUAUGGAUUUCAGUUGGGACUCUUCGGCAUCACAGUACGAAGAACUCUACUCAAAGUCCGUGGCCAGAGCAAGGGCAGCAGCUCGCACUCAAGCAAUAUGAUAGUUUGCUAAGCUAGGCAUUCGCAUGCUUUAUUUUGUGGCACAAAUUUGGCUUCGACUUUGAUAAUCUGGAGCUCAGACUGAUAUGGACGAUAUAAUGAAACAAGUAGCGAGAAUGUCAUCCUUAUAAGUUCUGCAAAUCCGGCAAGGGUUCAAUGCUUGAAGCUGCAGAGGUGGUUUUAACAGUCGCUGUGCCUUCGUCCAAAUGUUCAUUCUUCACAUUUGAUCACCAAUUAUUUGUUCAUAAAACGAGUUCUAGUUGUUGUAUACUAAUUAUUAGUCUCUUAAUUUGUUUGUUUAUAAUGACCCGUGUAUAGCUUCCAGUCACGGAUGUGCCUUUUCUUUUAGGCUUCUACACACUAAGAACAAACUUGGAUGUAAUACAUUAGGACUGUAUAUAUCUCUAAGCAAAAUACGGCCGAGAUAUGAGAAAAUAAAGAGUCAAAAUCAUCUUCAUUUUGAGCAAUA